AAACGACACAGUUUAAUGGCUGCACAGCACACUGCUAUGCAAGGGCAGUAGAGGAUCGUAUCCCGCAGAGGCAUUGUGAAUCGUUCAAAUUUUAUCUUCGUCGCACUUUAAUUUAACCCCACACACCUUGAGAUCUUUUCUCCUUGAUUUUUUUAGCUGUGGAUCGUUUCCGCCAUAUAUAUUCACACACGCUCCUCAUCAACAAUUAUCAAUAAUCCUCACUCAACACUACCUCUUUCUCUCUCUCAAAUAAACUCUUUUCCGGUAGUGAAUCAAUGGCAGCCAUGGCCACAACCCUCACCUCCUCCCUCUCUAAAACCCAGUUCUUCGACAACAAGUCCUCCUUCCAUGGCUCCCCCGUGGCAACACGCGCCGCCCAGCCCCUGAAAUCCGCCCCCCAGAGCCUCUCAGUGACCAUGUCCGCCGCCUACGACCUGGACAACUUCAAAUUCCAGCCGAUCAAGGAGUCAGUGGUCUCCCGCGAGAUGACGAGGAGAUACAUGACGGACAUGAUCACCUACGCCGACACCGACGUGGUGGUGGUGGGCGCCGGCUCUGCGGGGCUCUCUUGCGCGUACGAGCUGAGCAAGAACCCCAACAUCAACAUCGCCAUCAUCGAGCAGUCCGUGAGCCCCGGCGGCGGCGCGUGGCUGGGCGGGCAGCUGUUCUCCGCCAUGGUGGUCCGCAAGCCGGCCCACAGGUUCCUGGACGAGCUGGAGAUCGAGUAUGACGAGCAGGACGACUACGUGGUGAUCAAGCACGCCGCCCUCUUCACCUCCACCAUCAUGAGCAAGCUCCUCGCCCGCCCCAACGUCAAGCUCUUCAACGCCGUGGCCGCCGAGGACCUCAUCGUCAAGGGCGGCAGGGUCGGCGGCGUCGUCACCAACUGGGCCCUCGUCUCCAUGAACCACGACACACAAUCGUGUAUGGACCCCAACGUCAUGGAGGCCAAGAUCGUCGUCAGCUCCUGCGGCCACGACGGCCCCUUCGGCGCCACCGGCGUCAAGCGCUUGAAGAGCAUCGGAAUGAUCGACAGCGUGCCCGGGAUGAAGGCCCUCGACAUGAACACCGCCGAGGACGCCAUUGUUAGGCUCACUAGGGAGGUCGUGCCCGGGAUGAUCAUCACCGGCAUGGAAGUCGCCGAAAUCGACGGCGCCCCCAGAAUGGGACCCACAUUCGGGGCCAUGAUGAUUUCCGGGCAGAAGGCGGCGCACUUGGCGUUGAGGGCGUUGGGGCUGCCGAAUGCCUUGGACGGAGUUGAGGCUUCUCAGCCGGAACUCGUUUUUGCGUCGGCGGAGUCCGACGUCGUGGAGGCAUAAAUCUAUGAGAAUUCCUGGGUUUUGUGUUCAUCUCUGUGUUAAAAAAACAUCAGCCUUUUUUGUUGUGUUGUUAUGAUUUCUAAUAAAUUAGAUUUAUCCCGACAUCAUUUCUUUGGCAGUUGGGCUUUAUUAGAUAA